CAUUUCCACACCCCCUCCACUUUCUUUCUUCACCAUCUCCUGCUCUAUUUUCCCUUAUUGCUUCAUCUUUCAAUGGCUCUCAUGCUUGAUAAUUGUGGAGAGAUAUUGCUAUCACUAGACUCUCAGAAAUCAGUGCCAGCACCUUUCCUUACUAAGACCUAUCAGCUAGUUGAUGAUCCCUCCACUGACCAUAUAGUUUCAUGGGGUGAAGAUGACACCACUUUCGUUGUUUGGAGGCCUCCUGAGUUUGCUCGUGAUCUUCUUCCUAAUUACUUCAAGCACAACAAUUUCUCCAGCUUUGUCAGACAACUCAACACAUAUGGUUUUAGGAAGAUUGUACCAGAUAGGUGGGAGUUCGCGAAUGAGUUCUUCAAGAAAGGAGAGAGACACUUGCUUUGUGAGAUCCAUAGAAGAAAAACUGCUCAGCCACAAGUGGUAAACCACCAACACCACCACCAUCAUCAACAACAACAACAAUUCCACCCACAUUCUCCUAUGGUUAAUGCCCCUAGUUUCUUUCCAUUUCCUACCCCCGUCAACAUCUCUCCGGCUGACUCAGAUGAACAAGUCAACUGGUGUGACUCGCCACCACUUUCUUCUCCGACUGGGGUCUCGGUUGUUAGCGGUGGCGGCUUUGGUGGAGGCUAUAACAGCUCGGUCACAGCUUUAUCAGAGGACAAUGAGAGGCUAAGAAGAAGCAACAAUUUGCUGAUGUCUGAACUUGCCCAUAUGAAAAAACUUUACACUGAUAUUAUCUACUUCGUUCAAAACCAUGUUAAGCCGGUCAAUCCAAGCAAUUCAUACUCUCCUUUACUUCCUUGUGGCCCUCCAUCCUCUACUCCUUUUAACCAGCAUCUUGGGUAUUAUCCCAGCAGUCCAAAGCAACAGGCUCAGGUUUUGAACUCUCUAACUGCAACAUCACUGAGCUCCUUGACGAUUCUUGAAGAACCAAGCAGCAACAGUUGCAGAACAAAGCUCUUUGGCGUGCCUUUACAAUCCAAGAAGAGAUUGAACCCGGAGUAUGGUGCAGCUACCAUGGAGACUAACAAGGCACGUAUGGUAUUGGAAAAAGAUGAUAUAGGGUUGAAUCUUAUGCCUCCUUAUACAUGUUAGUUCCCUUUCAUAUCCAUUCAAGAAUAUUUCAUCUUCCUUUUUGAGUUUGUUCUUUAGUUUUUGCUUGUGACUCGUGUAUAUAAUUUAAGUGUCUCCCCCACUAGCUAAGCCAUAUCAAUGCAGGUGAGUUUUGGUAAUAGUGAAGAAGAUGAAAAGAAAGUUGAAUA